UUCUGAUAUCAAGAAUGGAAAAUGUUGUGAAUGGUUAUUUGACGAUUGUUCAAGAAAUUGAUAAUGGUUUAGCGAAAGCGUCCAAGCAAUUUACAGCAACGAUGAUUGGAUCGGAGAAGAUUCGACGGAACACGCAGAAGCACUCUGCAAGGGCAGCUGCGAUGCUUUUGCAAAAGCAAAGACAACUGAAACAGAAACAAAGCAAUGGUAGAUCUGUGAAGAUAAUGCCACCGUUGUCCGUAGAAAAUUGGUGGGAAAUAUUUGUUCAAGAACGUUACCCAGAUGAGAGGUGCAUCGAGUGUUUCAAGUGUUCACGUAAAACUUAUAUAUAUCUUACUAAGAUUCUGCGUCCACAUAUAAGGCCAAAGGUUGGAGUGAUUCCACAAUUGGCUGCACUCAACAUGUUGAAAGGGGUUAGCGUGGAGAAGCAAGUUGCCGUUAUGCUUUUUAAGAUGGCAAGGAACUCCGAUUAUGCAGUGGUUUCGGGCAUGUUUGGUAUCCACAAAUCGACGGUGCAUAAGGUUUUCCACAAAGCUAUUAAAGGCAUAAACACCCACGUUUUAAGGAAAAUCAUUAAUAUGCCGAAAGAAGAAGAGCUACAAAAAAUAACGCAAGAGUUUGAGCAGAGACAUAGAAUUCCUCAAAUUAUCGGGACUAUCGAUUCGAUCCAUAUACCUAUUUGUCCACCUGCAGCAAUGGUAGAUAAAUUUACCAAUUCCAAGCAGUAUUCGUCAUUUGUUCUACAAGCAGUAGUAGAUUCAACGUCCUGUUUUCGAGAUAUUAGCAUAAGGCAUCCUGGCAGUAUUGACGACUCUCUCGUUUUAGAAGAUUCAAAUAUCUUCAAAUUUGCGGAUCGUGUAAUACCACCGACAACCAGAAACGUGAACGGUGUGGAUGUUCCAUAUAAGAUCAUAGGAUCUAUAAAUUACCCUCUACUAUGGUGGCUUUUAACGGGGUACGACAUACCGACGACUCAAAGUGAACUGCUGUUCAAUGAGUACAUGCAGAAGAUAAAUGACUACGUGCAAGUGGCUUUCGAUCGGUUAAGAGCUAGAUUUAUAAUUCUCAGUCAGUCAAUUGACGUUAGUUUUAAAUUAGCGCCACAAAUUAUAGCUGCGUGCUGUGCAGUUCAUAACAUCUGUGAAAGGCACGAAGACCUUUUUAUAGAGGACUGGUUAAACGAGGCCAAAUUAUUUGCUGAAAAAUUCCCUCAGCCAGACAGAGAAAAAGAGAUAAAAGACUUCGAAUCUCCUAUCAUGGCACACCGUGACGCGUUAAAAGACUAUUUUGAAACGCAACUCCUUCUAGAGAAUGCAUCGUAUGGGUACGUCGAUAACGAGAACAUUGACUUAUUAACCGAGCAAAUCGAGUAACUUACUCCGUAUGGUGAAAUAUGAAAUAUUUCAAGCUGUGCAAAGCGGUGCAGUCUCGUUUAUUAUUUUAACUUAUAAAAAUCCUAAUUUACUGUUACCUAAAUUUUAAUUCUCUACUCUUAACCUCGUACAUAGCUAAGAGACCUAGAAUUACAAUCGACAUAACCGAGAUCCAGAAAACGUGUUAGCGGUUUUUAAUUCCUUCGGCUCACGUCGAAACAAUGUAAAUACUUAAAAGUAAUUUAUACAAGGGCAUCAUCCAUCUUCAUUAACUCUGCAAUAAAAGAAACGCAUCCAAGUGACACCCUGCAAGGAUUUUGUGCACCAUGAUGUACGAACCACAGUGUUGCAAGUGACCGUUGGUGUAAAGUGUCAUAAAAAAUAUAAAGUGAGCCUCGGGUGGUGCUUUAAUGGGCUUCGGUGUAAGUAAGUAGAGAUCGAUGAUCCCAGUUUAUUAACCUAAUUAUUUGUCGUAUGUUAAUUUAUUUAACAGGGCCGUUGCCGCGAAAAUCCCGAGAGUGUAUCUGUACCUGCCUCGUUAACGUCACUAUCUCGCAG